AUGUCGAAGAAUUGGGUUUUUGCUGUUGCGCUUAUUGUUUUGAUAACAAAAUGCUCAGCUGCCAAUCCAGGAAUGAAAAUUUCUCGAAGUCUUGAAGACGCUUCUUCAUUAAUAAGAGAUUUGAUACCUAUUGCAGCAGAGUACAUAUCAGCAAGCAACUUAGGAAGUCUCAACUUCAACACAGUAGACAACGGCAUAAAUGUAGCUGUCACUGCUAAAAAUAUCGCUCUUACAAAUUCCACAAUUAAUCCUUCCAAUGUGAGUCUUAUUAUUGAGCAGCCAAACUGGUUUAAUAUCACUUUUUAUAAUUUUACAGGAGACUUGUCAUUCCAGUACUCUGAAUACAACACAAGCAAAAAUAUUAACAAAACAGGAACUGCUGAUGCAUUUUUUACUGGGGUUUUAAUAAUGGAUGCAGAAAUUCAAAAUGAUGACGGAAUUCCUCAGCUUUAUACUGACGUUAUUACUCUCAGCAUAUAUGAGAUUACGUUUCAAAACUUGAACUUCUCUACAAAUUUAACGACACAGUUUACAACACGUAUUGUUAAUUUUUUGCAGGCAAAUACUGGGCUUGUUUUUCUGCAGGCUUUUGAAUCAAGAAUAAAUGGCUAUACUCAGAGUCUCAACUGGUUUCCACAGGUGCCAGACUUGCCUAUAUAUUUAAAUAGUUUGUGAAUCGGAACUCCAGCAAUCAGUUAUAAUCCAGCAUAUCCUUGCAGCAAUAAUUAUGUGACUAUAUGGUAUAAUGGGACAUUUGUGACACAAGAUGAUACCUCAGCUAAGAUGCCUUCUAUAGCUCCAUCUUUUACUAUGCCAGAUCGUUACACUAAUCCUAAAGGAGUUGGGUCAUCCCAGAUAAUGAUUUCUCAAUAUAUGCUUCAAUCAUAUUAUAACGCGAUAACAGCUAAAUAUGCAUAUCAUUUCAUUCAAAAGCUCCCUGAUGAUUAUCCUAAUAUAUUAACUUCCACAUCUGGGUAUUAUCCUGAACUUUACCAAACAUAUGGAAAUGUUCCUGUAAAUCUUAACAUUUCUACUGUUGGAGCUCCAAGUGUUACUAUAGUUCCAGAAAUUGGGAUUUUGGUAUCUGGAACAGUAGAUGUCCAGAUUUUGACUUAUAAUUCCUUGAUCAACCAAUGGUCAUAUCCAAUCUAUUUUAAAGCUGACAUAUUAUUUUUAGUGACUCCACAAGUGAAAAAUGGAGUCCUUAAAGGAUAUGCCUACAACCAAAAAGUCACUUCAGUUUACAAUGUAAACUCAAUAAUUGGUACAGUCAAUACUUAUAAUCUAAGAAUGCUGACUGCCGAUCUCUUGAAAAGUUUCAUAAAAAGCUACAAUGGCAGUGUUUUCUUCCCAGUAUUUACACUUCCAUACCCAUCUGGGACGACGUUUGAUAAUUAUCAUCUAAGAAUGGAAUCAGGGUAUAUAGUGGUAGAUUAUGACGCAAUUUUACCACUUCCAGUAUUUCAACUUCAAGGACUAAGUUGCUAA